CUGCAGACACAACAGCCCUCAGCCACUCCGUCACUGGCCUUAAGCCAAACACCAUGUACGAGUUCGCUGUCAUGGUUACCAAGGGCCGCAAGUCUAGCACGUGGAGUAUGACCGCUCAUGCCACCACUUACGAAGCAGCUCCCAGCUCCGCCCCCAAGGACCUGACGGUAAUCAGUCGUGAGGGGAGACCCAGAGCUAUUCUGAUUAGCUGGCAACCCCCCAUGGAGACUAACGGACGGAUCAUGGGCUAUAUCCUGUACUACACCCUGGAAAAGAACAUGCCUAUAGAUGACUGGGUAAUGGAGAGUAUCAGUGGAGACCGUCUGACCCACCAGGUGAUGGACCUGAACCUGGACACCAUCUACUACUUCAGGAUCCAGGCUAAGAAUGCCAAGGGAGUGGGUCCCCUGUCAGACCCCAUCCACUUCAGGACUAACAAAGGUUAUUGUCCUGCUGAAAGGUGAAUUCAUCUCCCAGUGUCUGGUGGAAAGCAGACUGAACCAGGGUUUCUACUAGGAUUUAGCCUGUACUUAACUCCAUUCCGUUUAUUUUUUUUCCUGACAAACUCCACAGUCCUUAAUAAUUACAAGCAUACCCAUAACAUGAUGCAGUCACUACUAUGCUUGAAAAUAUGGAGAAUGAUUCUCAGUAAUGUGUUGUAAUGGAUUUGCCCCAAACAUAACACAUUGUAUUUAGGACAAAAACGUAAUUGCUUUGCCACAUUUUUUUGCAGUAUUACUUUAGUGCCUUCUAUUGGAAUAUUUGUAUUCUGUACUAGCUUUCUUCUUUUCACUCUGUCCAUUUAGGUUAGUAUUGUGGAUUAACUACAAUGUUGUUGAUCCAUCCUCAGUUUUCAUCUAUCACAUCCAUUAAACUGUAACUGUUUUUAAGUCACCAUUGGCCUCAUUGUGAAAUCUCUGAGCGGUUUCCUUCCUCUCCAGCAACUGAGUUAGGAAGGACACCUGUAUCUUUGUAAUGACUGGGUGAAUUUAUACACCAUCCAAAGUGUAAUUGAUAACUUCACCAUGCUCAAAUGGAUAUUCGA